UACUAUUUUAAUAACUUUCAAUCAUUAUCGCUAUAACAAAAAGGGACAAUUGCUUCAACCCGCAUAUUUGCUCCGAAUUCCGAUCGACUAAUUUUUCCUUCGUUUUUUCUUCUAUCGAAUUGUGACCGGCUGCCAAAGAUUAACUGUUUAAGUUAUGGCUCUUGACAGCAUAAUAACUUCUCCUCAUAGGAGGUCACAAACACAGACAGCAUUUUCAACUAUUGAUCAAAAGAAGAGUCAAUGCUCCCGUGGUAAUGAGCUUGGGAGCUGUUCAACAGUACUUCAGCGCCACCGGUUCCUUCUAACUGCGCUUGGCCUCCUAGCUUUUCUCUGCACUAUCUAUCUUUACUUUGCAGUCACUCUAGGGGCUGCUGGUGACUCGUGUUCUGGCUUGACAGGGACUCAAAAAGCAGCAUGUUUUGUGGAGCAUGGGAAAGCACACAUGGGCAAAGGAAAACUUAAGUUCUUUUAGCAAAUCGAUGGCUUCUGGCUAAUAUUUAGUCUAUGAUAUUUCUUUUUCUUCUGAAGGGCAGAAAGCGCAAUCCAUAGUGUUUCCUUAGGUUCUUUGGGUCUAUCGGGUGAUCAUUAGUUUGAUUGUAUUCUUGAAAAUGUAUAAUUUGGUUCUGGGAAACUGUUUGACAUCCGUGAAUAGUUCUCUCUAUUGGGACGAAAACUCAUGGAUGUCGGUCAGGCCUGGCCGACUGUUAAGUAGCAUUUGUUGUGGAUAAUGAACCAAAAAGACAAUGUGAUUAUGAAUGUAUGGUAAAGUGAAGAUAGCAUUAUUAGGUGCAAAUGAAAAAAAAAAAUCAAUAGCAAAAUUAUCAUUCUUUGAGACUUCUAG